AUGGCCACCCCUAGUGUCCUAACCUUUGACGCCGAGGGUCGCGCCAUUGAUUUUGAGGUCUGGCUAGAUGACCUGCAGCUUUUCUUACAGUGCGACAGAGCUGACAGCCUUUCUCUCUUUGACCUCACCUCUGGCGCCUCUCCUGCUCCUGCUGCCGAUGCUGAUCCCACUGUCCGCUCUCAGUGGGCCACCCGCGAUGCUGCUGCACGUCUUGCUGUGCGUCGCCACCUCCCUACCUCUGAGCGUGCGCAUUUUAGUCAGUACAAGAGUGCUCAGACCUUGUACGACGCUGUAGUUGCGCGCUACUCCUCUCCUGCCACUGCUGCACUGAGCCGUCUCAUGCUUCCCUACCUCUUUCCUGACCUCUCUGCCUUUCCCACUGUCGCUGACCUCAUUACGCACCUCCGCACUAGUGACACUCGCUACCGCGCCGCCCUUCCUGCUGAGUUCUGCGCUAAGAACCCCCCCCCCAUGUACAUCACUCUCUACUACGUAGUCGCGCGCCUCCCUGACUCCCUCCGCGUAGUCAGGGACCACUUUCUCGCGGUCUGUCCCACCACUCUCACCGUCGACCUCCUCGAGAAGGCCCUCCUCGCAGCGGAGAAGAGCAUAGUCGCUGUAGGUGCCUCUCGUGGUGACCCUCGCACCCCCAUCUUUGAGGGGUGCUCUCCUUCCCCCUUGCUGCCCUCUGUUGCCUCUGCUGCUGCGGCCGACCUGCUUGGUCUUGAGUCGGUCGGCGCGGCGUCUGCCCCUAGUGGGAGACGUCGCUCUGGCAAGGGCAAGGGGGGCAAGGGCGUGGGCGGAGCUGGAGGGGGCGGUGGCGGUGGCGGCGGGGGCGGCGGAGGGAGUGGGGGUACUGGUCCCUGCGCCUACGGCCUUCCUGUGUGUCCCAGGUAG